AUGUCCAUUAGGGGCCUUUUAGUCGAUGAUCAAUCCCGUUGUGAGCAUUGGCAUUUGCCACUGGACGUAAUUGCUUUAAGGUUUAGGUGUUGUGACGAGUACUAUGCAUGUUAUUCUUGUCAUCAACAAUGUACUAACCACGAGGUAGAAAAGUACUCCUUAGAGAAUUCUCAAUCAUCACCACUAAUAAUGUGUGGUAUUUGUAAGUUACAGAUGUCCUUUGAACAAUAUCGUCAAUUGGAAUGUCCCCGUUGUCAUUCGCCUUUUAAUCCCGGCUGCAAACUACACUACCAUUUGUAUUUUGAUCCAUAA